CCAAAAGUUCGCGCUCAUCUGGGCUUAUUAGAGAAGAAAGCCGAUUAUAAAGCUCGGGCAAAAGAUUAUCAGGAAAAGCGAGAUACUUUGAAGAAAUUGAGGAAGUACGCCUUGGACAAGAAUGAGGAUGAAUAUCAUCACCAUAUGAUUAAUAGUGAGGUUAAGCUUGACGGUCGACAUUUCGAUAAGAAGACAAAGAAACAGGAAGAGGAUUCUGAGGUGCAGAAAAAGUUGAACGAUGUGAAAGAUCUGGAAUACGUGAAAUACAAACUCUAUGCGGAAAACAAGAAGAUAGAUGAGUUGAAAUCAGAGCUUCACUUCGCUGAUCCAAGUUGUGGACUUGGAGCGAGUAAGCACACAAUCUUUGUCGACGAUGAUGAGGAAGGUGAGAUUCGACCUAUAUUUCAGCUAAUAAGUAUUUGUAUUUUAUGA